AUCGAUAGCUGGAAACCAGUCAAGGAGCGAUCAUCCCACCGAGACCUACGGAGAAAUUUCCUUGACCGUGAGAAGAAUUAAGUUAACCCGUGGAACCGCCCGCCUCGGGAAGUUUCGGGUGCCGCUCCCAUCAACUGGGAGGCGGUUUUAAGAGCGCGGACAACGAGGCCUUCGGCUCGGUUCUCUCCGGCUUGAGCCCGUCCCGGCGUCUCCUUCCAAGCCCUCGGAUUCGACGAGGCCCCCCGCGCGAAAGGGGAAGCGAGAGCGAGAGCGAAAGUGAAAGUGCCGCCGCGGCUCCCCUUUCGCUUUCCCCGCGGUUGGUGCUGGUGGCGCUUUCCAGCUCAGCCCGACUUUCAGGAGCGGCGGGGAUUUUUCGCCUCGGCCGGGCUCUCAGCACUCAAUCCGGGCCGCCCCCCAGUCCCGAGGAAGGGGAGGCAGCCGCGCCACAUGGCCGAGGCGCCGCAGCCCAUGCGGCUGAAGGAGUGGCUGCUGGCCCAGGUGGAGAGCGGUCGCUAUCCGGGACUGCGCUGGGUGGACGGGCGGAAAACGCUCUUCCGCAUCCCUUGGAAACACGCCGCUAAGCAGGACUACCGCGAGCGGGAGGACGCGGCGCUCUUUAAGGCCUGGGCAGUCUACAAGGGCAAGUACCGGGAAGGGCUGGAUCAAGCCGACCCCUCCGUCUGGAAGACGCGUCUCCGCUGCGCCCUCAACAAAAGCCCCGAUUUUAAAGAGGUGCCCGAAAAAAGUCUCUUGGAGGCCUCCGAACCUUACAAAGUCUACCAGGUGGUUUGUCCCGAGGCAGCCCAAGCAGACGCAGAGAAGGAAAGUGGAAUGGAUUCUCCUCUGCAGUCGAAUUGUCCCUCAGCAUCAGUACCUGAAGUGGCCGCAGCCCAUGACUUGUCCAUCAAGGCCAAACCAUCUUCGGAGCCUGAUGAGAAAACACAAAAUGACCCAGGAGGUGCUCUGCUCCCCAAGAAGCUAAGGAGUGCAGACCUCCAGGGGUAUCAGGUGAAAGGUUUUUUCCACACUUGGGCUCCAUCACAGAUCUACCAGCUUCCAAACCGGGCUUUCGUUAGUCCCAGUUCACAGUUUGUCCCCAGCAAAAGCAUCAACUCAGAUUGCUGCCUUCACGUUCGCCUGUACUAUUGCGAUGUGCUAGUCAAAGAGAUGACCACAAGUGUACCAGAAGGUUGCCGGAUCACCUACGAGCCGGUGGUGGCAGAGAACGAUGACCUGUAUGGUCCAAGCGGCAUGGAAGAAAUCCAGUUCCCUCCUCCGGAUGUCCUGGGCUACAAAAAUUGGGGGCCCAAAGCCAUCUGGGUCUUGAAGAGGUUGCUCCCCCAUUUGAAUCGCGGGGCGCUCCUUUGGGUAGCUCCAGAAGGAGUCUUCAUGAAACGCCAGUGCCAAAGUCGGGUUUACUGGAAGGGACCUCUGGCACCUCACAAGGAUCAGCCCAACAAGCUGGAGAGGGAGAAAACUUAUUGGCUGUUGGAUACGCAACAAUUCCUUCAGGAGUUACGAGGUUUCCUCAAACACGGAAAGCCGCUACCACAGUACCAGAUCCACCUCUGCUUUGGAGAAGAAUUUCCGCCUGUUCCCAACCAGAAGCUCCACAGGUUCAUUACGGCCCAGGUGGAACCGGUGUUUGCCCGCGAUCUCUGCCUUCAUGCCCAGCAGUACCUCCAGGGCUCUCGGACCUGCCCACCAAAGACGCCUAAGAAGAUCAUCCAGAUCCUGCAGCAACUCUCUUCCUCUUGACCGCUCAGGAUGUCACCGCGGACCUGGAAGGAGAAGUCCUGACCAAGGGGAGCCCUCCCUCAAGAUUCAGCCUCUUCUCUAAGGAAUUGAUGGCUGCCCUGGCUGAAAUCUUGUAGGAAGAAGGACUCUGUAUUUGGCCUGGCUGUUCCUUUUUUAAUAUAUGCAAAUUUUUAUUAAAAAAUCUGAGGAAAGAGAGUGCCUUGUUCAUAUAUAUACAUGUUUCCUCUGUUCUAUUUUAGUUUAUAUUCAUUCUUAUCGUUCUUAAAAUGUGUUUUAUAUAUAUACAUAAAGUGUGUGUGUGUGUGUGUGUAUUACAAACUAUUCUAAAAAUACGAGUUCCAGGUAUAUUUGUAAAACAAGAAACAGACAUUCUCUGAACUCUGGAACUAAAAUAAUUAAAAUUUCAUUCUACUAAGCUUUUGUUAGCCAUCUGCUGACAUUUUCAGAGUAUUAAAAACUACUAUUACAGAGAUCUAUCAUGUAUUGUGUGUGUGUGUGAGAGAGAGAGACAGUGAGAAUAAAAUGCAGAAUAGAAUAGAAUUUGAAAUAAUUAAAACAGAUGGAAUGGAAUGGAAUGGAAUAAGAUACAACAUUCAGUGAUAGACAUAGGAUACUAAUAAGCAAUCAAAUCAUACUAGGAAACAAUAAAAACAAUAUAAACUGUAAAGAUACAAGCAACAUGGUUAUAGUCAUAAGUGGGAGGAGAUAGAUACUAGGAAAGAUGAGAAGAAAAAUAGUAAUACAGUCUUAGUAGUUAAUUUGACAGUGUUGUAGGAAUUAGUUGUUUAGCAGAGUGAUGGCCUUCGGGAAAAAACUGUCUUUGUGUCUAGUUGUUCUGUUGUGCAGUGCUCUAUAGCAUCGUUUUGAGGGUAGGAGUUGAAACCGUUUAUGUCCAGGAUGUGAGGGGUCUGUAAAUAUUUUCACAGCCCUCUUUUUGACUCGUGCAGUAUACAGGUCCCCCAUGGAAGGCAGGUUGGUAGCCAUUAUUUUUUCUGCAGUUCUAAUUAUCCUCUGAAGUCUGUGUCUUUCUUGUUGGGUUGCAGAACCGAACCAGACAGUUAUAGAGGUGCAAAUGACAGACUCAAUAAUUCCUCUGUAGAACUGAAUCAGGAGCUCCUUGGGCAGUUUGAGCUUACUGAGUUGGCGCAGAAAGAACAUUCUUUGUUGUCCUUUUUUAAUGAUGUUUUUGAUGUUAGCUGUCCAUUUUAGGUUGUGAGAUGUGGUAGAACCUAGAAAUUUGAAGGUUUCUACUGUUGAUACUGUGUUGUCUAGUAUUGUAAGAGGUGGAAGUAUAGGAAGUUUUCUUCUAAAAUCCACCACCAUUUUUACUGUUUUGAGUGCCUUUAGUUCAAGAUUGUUCUGUUCUAAAUAGAACAAAGGAAACAAAAACCAAGGGAAAAAAAGAAAUAAUAGAAAAAGCAUUUAUGAAUAAGAGUUCUGGAAUUCGCUUUUUUAAUAUAUAGCUAUAAUUUUUAUUAAACAUUUUAAGAACAAUGAUAAGAAUGAAUAUAAAUUAAAUAGAACAGCGGAAACAAGGAAAAAAAAGAGAAUUAAAAAAAUGGUUGCGUGAAUAAGAACUCUGUGAUUUUACCUGGAUGUCCUGUUUUUAAAUAUAUAUCUAUAAUUUUUAUUAAACAUUUCAAGAACAAUAAGAAUUAAACUAUUGUUCAGUUGAAUUAAACAAUAAGAACUAAAACAGAACAGAGAAAACAGGGGAAAAAGAAAUAACAGAAAACAUUUGUUGAAUGGGGGGGGGGUCUGUGUUUGGCUUGGAUGUUCCUUUUUUUAAUAUGUAUAAUAUUUAUGAAGCGCUUGAAGGACAAUAACAGGAAUAAAUGUAAACUAAAAUAGAACUGUGAAAACGGGGAGAGAAAGAGAAACAACAGAAAAAAAUUAAAAGUGCAAUAAGAAAAAGGUAGAAAAAAGAUAUAAAGGAAGAUAUACGGGUAGUCCUCAACUUACAACAGUUCAUUUAGUGACCGCGCAAAGUUACAACAGCGCUGAAAAAAAGUGACUUAUGACCGUUUUCACACUUACGACCAUUGCAGCUUCCCAGUGGUCAUGUGAUUGAAAUUCAGACGUUGGCAACUGACUCAUAGUUACGACAGUUGCAGCGAUCCCCUUUUGUGACCUCCUGACAAGCAAAGUCAAUGGGGAAGCCAGAUUCACUUAACAGCCAUGUUACUAACCUAGCAACUCAAUCGUCUCGCUUAGCAAUUGGAACUUUGGCCUCAGUGGUGGUCUUAAGUCAAGGACUCCCUGUAUAAAGAAAUAGCUUCUGACAGUGGGUGAAAUCCAAAUGUUUCUACUAGCGGUUCUGUGGGCGUGGCUUGGUGGGUGGGUGUGGCUUGGUGGGCCUGACAGGAAGGAUACUGCAAAAUCCCCAUUCCUUCCCCAAUCCAGAGGAAGGAUAUUGCAAAAUCCCCAUUCCCUCCCCACUCCAGGGGAAGGAUACUGCAAAAUCCCCAUUCCCUCUCCACUCCAGGGGAAGGAUAUUGCAAAAUCCCCAUUCCUUCCCCAAUCCAGAGGAAGGAUAUUGCAAAAUCCCCAUUCCCUCCCCACUCCAGGGGAAGGAUACUGCAAAAUCCCCAUUCCCUCUCCACUCCAGGGGAAGGAUAUUGCAAAAUCCCCCAUUCCUUCCCCAAUCCAGAGGAAGGAUACUGCAGAAUCCCCAUUCCCUCCCCACUCCAGGGGGAAGGAUACUGCAAAAUCCCCAUUCCCUCUCCACUCCAGGGGAAGGAUAUUGCAAAAUCACCAUUCCCUCCACACUCCUGGGGGGAAGGAUAUUGCAAAAUAUCCAUUCCCACCCUACUCCUGGGAGAAGGAUAUUGCAAAAUGUCCAUUCCCACCCCACUCGGGGGCCAGCCAGAGGUGGUAUUUGCCGGUUCUCCAAAGUACUCAAAAUUUCUGCUACCGGUUCUCCAGAACCUGCUGGAUUUCACCUCUGGCUUUUGAUACUUUUCACAGCAAUUAUUUGUUAUGCCUGCUAUUAUUAUUUUUUAAAAAACUGUGAAGUUACAUCAGGGGUCUCUAUUUGCCGCAGCCUCCCUUGUGGGUCUUUGCAGGGUGUGUUUGUGUGUGAGUGUGGGGACUGAGCUGCGAGAGAAGCAAAUUGGUGCAGGUUUUAGGAUGCAGAACAGUUCGACCAACCUUACCUGAGCUGCGCUCGGUUGAACUGGGCGGCCAACAGAAAUGGAAUAAAUAAAGAUAAAAAUAAAAUGAAG